AGCUUCAUUUGUCACGCCACAGCGUACCCGCUCACGCAAACCACUGCGGGUUCUCUGAGCCGACGCGGCUAGCAAAUUUCCCUCCGUUUCAGAGCCGUGCUGCCGUUAUCAUGGCUCUAUACGAUUAUGUCACCAAGGAGCAGCUCUCAGGAUUUGAUAAAUAUAAGUACAGUGCGGUGGACUCCAACCCCCUUUCUAUCUAUAUCAUGCACCCCUUCUGGAACUCAUUGGUGAAGGUCUUGCCCACAUGGCUUGCCCCAAACCUCAUCACGUUCACAGGGUUUAUAUUCCUGGUAUUCACCUUCACCUUGCUGUCCUUCUAUGACUUUGACUUUCAUGCCUCAGGUAAAGGCUACCCACAUGUGCCAAGUUGGGUAUGGAUAGCUGCUGGUUUAUUUAACUUUCUAGCCUAUACUUUAGACGGAGUGGAUGGAAAACAGGCUCGGAGGACAAACUCCAGCACUCCACUGGGUGAACUGUUUGACCACGGCUUGGACAGCUGGGCAUGCGUGUUUUUCGUUGCAACCGUUUACUCUGUUUUCGGACGGGGUGACACUGGUGUCAACGUUGUAACGCUGCAUUAUCUUUUAUGGGUUGUCCUGUUUUCCUUCAUACUGUCCCACUGGGAGAAAUACAACACUGGAAUUUUGUUCCUGCCUUGGGGCUACGACAUAAGCCAAGUGACUAUCUCUAUCGUGUACAUUGUCACAGCAGUGGUUGGUGUGGAGACGUGGUAUGAGCCUGUUAUUUGGAAUAUUUAUUACAGAGACUUCUUUACCGUCAUGAUUAUUGCCUGCUUAUUUGUUGUAACAUUGCCAAUGAGCCUCUAUAAUGUCUUUAAGGCAUACCGUAAUAACACCCUAAAGCACAGUUCGAUAUAUGAGGCCUUGUUGCCCUUUUUCUCUCCAGUGCUCUUGUUUGUGCUGUCAACGCUGUGGAUCAGUUUUUCUCAGACAGCCAUCAUCGAAAAGGAACCCAGAAUUUUUUAUUUCAUGGUGGGCACAGCCUUCUCCAACAUUACUUGCAAGCUCAUUGUAUGCCAGAUGAGUAACACUCGAUGCAAGCCAUUGAGUUUGUUGUUGUUGCCGAUGACAGCUGUGGUGUUGCUGGUGAUCUCUGGAGCCCUGCAGAGCAGUGAAACACUUAUCCUGUACAUAUGGACCGCUGUAGUUCUCAUCGUUCACAUACACUAUGGAGUAUCAGUUGUAAGGCAGUUGAGUGAUCAUUUUCAAAUAUGCACCUUCUCGCUGAAGAAGCCCAACUCGGAUUGACAGGAUGAGAUGAAAAUCGGCCUGAAGGCUGCUGAGGUCUAAGCUAUCCCGGCAUAGUCUUCAGCAAGCCGACCUCCACCAGUCACCAAGGAGACACAGCUAACACCAGGAAACCAAAAUUUACUGACCAAACACGCCUUCUUUUUCUGUAAAUGCUGCUCCAUCAACAAGAUCGAAUGAGCCCAGAGAUGCAGCUGCAUCGCUGGGACCAAUGAGCCCAGAGGCAGAGCUGCGCCGGGAGGCCCUUUGUGCUUAGGUGUGGAGCUGCGCCAUAGGACCUAUUAUGCCCAGAGACACAGCUGCACCACAGGACUCGCUGAGCUCACAAAUGCAGCCGCACAACAGGACCUACAGUGCCUAGACUUGCAGCUGUGUAACGGGGCCCAUUUCUCCUCGAAAGAGCUGUAUUGUAUUGCUAGCUCAGGAGUGAAGACAGUUUGGUUGUCUGGUAUCUGUGAAGGUGGGAAUUGUGCUUGUUUCCUAAGGAAAUGUGCUUUUCGGCCGAGAUACUAGGAGCCUUUAACAGUUGAUGUAGUCUCACUCUUAUACGCUCUCUCUGAAGAGUUCAUUCAGUUCAGCAUGCCUCCGUCACAUGUAGCACAACACAUGAAAGUUGUGAUGAAUGUCUUUAGCUAAUUUGACUUGAAGAUUUUAUUUACAUAUAAUUUGGCCUCAUUUUGAAUUAGACAUCUUUUUUUUACUUUCCACUGUAGUUGCAUUGUUGAUUUAUAUGCACAGUAUAAACACAACUAAAAUCCAGUCUUAUUUUCAGUUAAUGUAAAGCUUAUUUAAUGUGUGCUUUUGCUGAUCUCUAACUAUGCGUAUAGGAUUAUAAUAAUGGAUGAAUAAUAGUGAACCUCAUUUAAACAACCACUAAAGAUGACUCGGUUGAAGUCUGAUUCCAAUUCAGUGAACACGAAAAACUAAUCAUGUAUAUCAAACACAGCUCAAACUCGAACCCCUGACAAACUGAAAGGUGGAAUAUUAAAUUCUGCCAUUUGUACUGGUAUAAGUAUCUUUUCUUUUUGUUUCCUUUUACAUUGGUGAUGGUGUAUCUGCAUGCCGAUUUUCAGUUUUUUUCUUUUGUUUCGCUUAACUAGUUGGCUUUUAUUGAGUUUAUUUGUGCUGGAAUGAAGAGUGCGCUUCAAACCCUAAACAGGAGAGGGUGCACUUGGAGUGAGCGAGUCAACCUCGCUCCGUUCUUUAAACACGAUAAAAGCACUAGUCUCUGUGCUGCCAACGUGACCAUUUAACAUGCAAACAACCGUGUGAUGGCCUGAGUCUGCAUUUGCUUUUUCUAUUUUUUAUUUUAUUUCUCUGGUGGAUUGAGGGAAAUAAUGUAAUAGGAAGUUUUUUUUAAAGCUAUCACUGAUUGUACAAAGUGUCUAUGAAUUGAAUGUAUGUGUGUGUGUGUGUAUAUAUACUGUACGUAUGUAUUUAUCUGUGUGUUUUACUUAUAUACUCACUCUAGAAACCUCAUACCUCCAUGUUUUGUUUUUAUGGGAUGAGUUUAUGAAACAAAACAAAUAAUGGUUAAACAUGUACAUAUGUAACCCUUUUCAUGUGGUAAUGGCAAUGUUUUGUUGUUGUUCAUCUUUUAUUUUAUUUUUAUUUUUAAUCUACAUAAUUCAAUGUAACAGAAACAUCUUUUUGUCCUCUUAAAAUGUCCUGUUAACCUUGAAUUAAUAAGAAAUGGCAUAGGCAAUGUAUUAUAAUGUUAUAGCCAAGUAAACGGUUCUUUAUAAUAUCAAUGUCUAAUUUCACUGUCCACUACACGCUUUAUAAUAUGCAUAUAUUAUAUGAUAAAUUUAAAGCAGUCCUGCAUUUAACCAUAAUUUAGAGGAACUGGUCAACUUCAUGUGCAAGUCUUUAGUCAUUACAUUACUUAGCCAGCUGAUGGCGCUUGUUUCCUUUUGUUUGCACAUUGGCAUUAACUAUGUCCUUGUCUUUUGGUCAGUGAGUGAUCGUCAGUCCCUGAUUGGGUUGGUGAUUAAAAAAUAUUGAGGAUGUGCUAUCACAUCUAGAUUGAAUAUCAAUAAUGUGACUGCUUGAUGUAUUCAUUUUGGUUGUAUUACUAUUGAUUUUUAAAUUGUGACCAUCCUCAUAAAUGUGAUGGUUUCUAAGCCAUAUAGGUUUCAGGAAUACACUUAUCAACUUGUAUAUGCUUUGAAAAUAAAUUGUAUGCUUUUUCUUGAUUUAAAAUGGGUUAAAACACUGAAACCUCUGUAUGUUGUAAAACUAAAAUCAGCCAUGUAACUUUAUGCUGUGCUGCCUCAUUAAAUGUAAGUGUAUCCACAGUA